GCAGGUUCAGGCUGCACCCUCUGUUAACAACGAGCAGAUGGACAUGGGGGUGGACUGGCUGAGUAAGUUCGGCUACCUCCCACCGGCUGACCCUGUGACCGGGCAGCUGCAAACCAAGGAGGCGCUAACUAAAGCUAUUAAAGCUAUGCAGAGAUUCGGAGGCCUGGAAGAGACUGGAAUACUUGAUCAGGCAACCCUCGGCCUUAUGAAGACGCCACGCUGUUCCCUGCCAGACAUAUCUGAGCCAGAGACGGCAGCUGGAAGGAGAAGACGAGCCCUGGCACCUCUAAAGAAGUGGACUAAGAGACACCUUUCCUGGAGGGUGCGAACAUUUCCAAAGGAGUCGGCUGUCCUGGGCAGGGAAACGGUCCGAGCCCUGAUGUACUACGCGCUGAAGGUGUGGAGUGACAUCACACCGCUUAACUUUCAUGAAGUGGCGGGUAACAAGGCAGACAUUCAGAUAGACUUCACCAAAGCGGAUCAUAACGAUGGCUACCCGUUUGACGGGCCCGGUGGUACGGUGGCACAUGCGUUUUUUCCCGGGGAACGCUUCACGGCAGGGGACACGCACUUUGAUGACGACGAAGCCUGGACCUUCCGGUCUCCAGAUUCUCAUGGCAUGGAUCUGUUCGCCGUGGCAGUGCAUGAGUUCGGUCACGCCAUAGGACUCGCCCACACGUCAGCCAUGGAGUCCAUCAUGCGGCCGUACUACCAGGGGCCGGUGGGAGACCCGCUCAAGUACGACCUCCCGUACGAGGACAAGGUCCGUGUCUGGCAGCUUUACGGUGUACGAGACUCGGUUUCAUACACAGCUCGUCCAGAUGGACUGUCUAACACCGAUGAUCCACCAGUUCUGUUGGACCUGCCAGACAACAAAUCCACAGUGCCGCCGGCACGCGAUGCCCCUGACAGAUGCACCAGUCACUUUGAUGCAGUGGCCCAGAUACGAGGGGAGGCCUUCUUUUUCAAAGGGAAGUAUUUUUGGCGACUGACCAGAGAUAAGCACCUGGUGUCGCUAAGGCCGGCUCAGAUUCAUCGCUUCUGGAGGGGUCUGCCAGCCAACCUGGACGGCAUAGAUGCUGUAUAUGAGAGACCAGGGGAUCAUAAGAUCAUCUUCUUUAAAGGAGACAAGUACUGGAUAUUCAAGGACAACAUCGGAGAAGAAGGCUACCCUCGCCUGAUCAGUGAUUUCGGCCUGCCCAUGGAGGGUGUAGACGCUGUCUUCGUCUGGCUACACAACGACAAGACGUACUUCUUUAAGGACACUCGCUACUGGCGCUACGAUGACCACCUACGGCGCAUGGACCAGGGCUACCCGAAGGACAUGGCGUUAUGGAAAGGCAUUCCUGCUCAGCUGGACGACGCCAUGCGCUGGUCUGAUGGUGCCUCAUACUUCUUCAAGGGCAAGGAGUACUGGCGAGUAGCGGGCAGCGAUAUGGAGGUGGAGUCCGGGUACCCACGCUCCAUAGGCAAAGACUGGCUAGUCUGCAAGGACAUGCAGUCAGACUCUCCAGAGACACGGAAUAACGAAACGAGCAUGCUCAUGCCCGGGCAGCACCACGCGGACCACGCUGACAACGGCUACGAGGUGUGUUCCUGCACCUCGGACUCUAGCUCGCCUGCCAGCCCCCGGCUACAGCUGGCACCCAGCUGGCUGCUAAUGCUCGUCUGGAUGCUCUCACAGAUGCUUAGAUGUGCAACACUCUGAUAGCAGGAAUGCCACAGGCCUGCAUUUAAAUGGACACGGACAGUAUAAGUGGGCACACUGUGGCUUGUGAGUUCAGACGGCAGAAGGUGAAUUCACACUCCAAGGACUUACUUGCUUUCUUGCUUUAAGGAUUUUGAUUUAAUUCUGUUAUUUGUUUUUCUUUUUUACUAAAACUGGAACUGUGUAUUAUUAUUAUUAUUAUUAUUGCUAUGAUUUUAUGUGCCUCAAAUAUGUUAGUUUCAAGCACUUUGUGUUAAUUUUAUGUCUAACUGCUUU